AUGGAUAUAUUCUACAAGUACAAAAUCGACUGUAGUGGUGGUAGUCUCGUCAUAUUUUAUUUACCUGUAUCCACCUGCUCUGACUCCGCUUAUUAUUAUUCAUACACACACAAUUCAAAUUCGAAAAUGGGUGGUAAAGAAAGUAAAAAGUUAGAUUCUGAAUUAGAUGAAGCUACCAUUCAGCGUUUAACAAAUAAUACAAAUUAUACACCAGAACAAAUUCAGCAAUGGCAUCAAGCAUUUUUGAGAGAUUGUCCAUCAGGUAAAUUGUCAGAUCGACAAUUCACCGAAGUUUAUAAAAAAUUUUAUCCUGAACAUGAGGCUGAGAAAUAUUCAAAUCAAGUAUUUCGGACAUUCGAUAUUGAUAAUAACGGAUAUAUCGAUUUUGUCGAAUUUUUAUUAGCUGUUAAUAUUAAUUCGAAUGGUGAUGUUCGUGAAAAACUUGGGUUAGCAUUUGACAUUUACGAUAUCAAUUCAGAUGAAAAAAUUGAUAAGAAAGAAAUGACAAAAGUUAUUACAGCAAUAUAUGAUUUAUUAGGUGAAGACAAUCGUAAAGGGGAAAAUAGUCCGGAUAAUCGUGUGAAAAAAAUAAUGGAAAAACUCGAUAUCAAUGACGAUAAAAAAAUUACACGUGAUGAAUUUGUUGAGGGGUGUAUGAAAGAUGACGUUCUUAGACAAUUGCUUGCACCAAAUGUUUAA